AUUCCUUAAUCCUGGCAAAAGAGUCCAAAAUCACACAAAUCAAUUUUUUGAAUUGUAACCCUAAUCGAUUCAAUAACGAAAUCGACCAAUUUUAUGCUUCGAUUUGAUUAGGGUUUUUUCCCAGAAUCUGCGAAAUUGCCCUAAUUUUCUGAAUUUUCAAUCGAUUUCGCAGAAAUUGGAAGAGAAAUCGAAGAUGAAGAAGUACGGAUUGCAAAUCAGAGCUCCGUCCCAGAAAAAACAAUCAUCAUCUAGACCUCCACUUCGACUUGCUUCAAUAUUUGGUGAAGAAGAAGAUCACGAUGUCGAGAAGGAGAUUUCUCGUCAAGCUUCAAAGACUAAAGCUCUUAAAGAAAUUGAGGAGCAGCAUAAGAAAGCCUUAGAGGAGGAUCCUUCUGCUUUUGCAUAUGAUGAAGUUUAUGAUGAUAUGAAACAGAAAGCUGUUCUUCCACGAAUGCAAGAUCGCGAAGAACGCAAGCCAAGGUAUAUCCAGCAUUUGAUGAAACAGGCAGAACGUAGAGAGAAAGAACAUGAAAUAGUUUACGAGAGAAAGCUUGCGAAGGAGAGGGAGAAAGAUGAACAUCUUUUUUCAGAUAAAGAAAAGUUUGUAACUGGUGCUUAUAAAAGGAAACUUGAGGAACAAAAGAAAUGGCUGGCGGAAGAAAGAUUGCGUGAACUUCGAGAGGAAAGAGAUGAUGUUACAAAGAAGAAAGACUUGAGUGAUUUCUACUUCAACAUUGGAAAAAAUGUGGCAUUUGGAGCUCGAGAUAUCGAAGCUAAAGAGGUAGAGAGACUCGAGGAACAAAGAAAGGCUGAGAAGCUUGAGGAACAAAGAAGGGCGGAGAAGCUUGAGGAGCUGAGAAAAGAAGAAACAAGGGAGGAGAAGAAAAGAAAAUCACCAGAGAAGGAAUUGCCAGAGAAGGAAUUGUCUCCUGACUCAAGAGAUUUUGGAUCAAGUCGUAGCAAAAGUUUGGAGCCACAAGAAGCAGAGCAAGCAGUUUCUGAAAAGAAGAUGGGUUCAGAUGGUACUGAAGAGAGAGACUCUUCAAUCAAAGAGGCAGCAAAAGAAGUGCCGAAAGCCGUUAACGACCACAAGAGAAGAGAGGAUGCGAUUGCUGCUGCGAAAGAGCGGUUCUUGGCCCGUAAGAAGGCAAAGAUUGAAGAACUUGUGUAACUUGGCAGAUUUUUGUCCAAUGAUCAUCAACUUUUGGUGAACUUGUCUUUUGUUUGUCGACCACCCUCUGUUUUAAAGUAACUUUUCAUGAUAACGCUUCUUAAACUACAGGGUCUACUUCCAUUACAAAUGCAAUAGGUUGGAUGGUAAACAAAGAAGAGAAUAAACAAAAAAAGUUCCUUCAUUAA